CAGACCCGAAUCCGCUUACCCCUUCACACGCGCACCUUGCCGGCUUCACACGUGUUGCCCUAAAUUAAUUUUUUUUUAAAAAAAAAAUUCCAAAAUAAAAUAAAUAAAAAUAAGGCAUCCUUUACGUUGCAUCAGCUGCCGACCUAGUGCCGAGCCCGGACGCAAAGAACCCCCCAAACGCCUCAAAUCCUACGGCUCAUCAUCGUUUCCAGCCACCCUUCUAAAUCGUCACCGUCCAUUCCUCUUUUAUUUAUAUUUUUCUCCUCCCUCUCUCUCUCUCUCUCUCUCUCUCUCUCUCUCUCUCUUCUUGCCGAGUUUUCUCUCAAUCACCACCACCACUCCUCCGUUGAUCCCACUGCAUUGAGAUUCGUAUCCGAUGAUGAUGCGGCGUGUGGCGGCGGCGCUAGUGCCGCCAUGGCUAGAGCCACUCCUCACCACCCCCUUCUUCUCCACCUGCUCCUCCCACUCCGACGCCGCCCGCAGCGAACGCAACAUGUACUGCCUUGACUGCUCCGGCACCGCCUUCUGCUUCUACUGCCGUUCCGAAUCCCAUUCCGGCCACCGCGUCAUUCAGAUACGGCGAUCAUCGUACCAUGACGUCGUGCGCGUGGCCGAGGUGCAGAAGAGCCUGGAUAUCUCCGGCGUCCAGACCUAUGUGAUCAAUAGCGCCAGAGUCUUGUUCCUCAACGAGCGUCCUCAGCCACGCGGUGGUGCCAAGGGCGUGGCCAGCCCACACGCCUGCGAGAUCUGCUCCCGUUCCUUGCUCGACCCCUUCCGCUUCUGCUCUCUCGGCUGCAAGUUGGUGGGGAUAAAGAGGAAUGGGGAUGCGUCUUUCGUUCUAAAGGAGGAGGAGGAGGAGGAGGCGAGCGGGAGUGGCGGCGCCGGCGUCGGAGAAGAAGGAGAAGGAGGAGGAGUGGAAGGGAAGGUGAAGGAUAAGGAAAGAAGAGCUGAGGGAACACCGGACCGAGGUAGGGCCCACGACAUCCGCCUCUCAACGCCAUCCCCGCCCAACUCCAGGCGCCGUAAGGGCGUGCCCCAUCGCUCCCCUCUCACUUCUUAACCUGAAAUUCCCUAAAUACCCCUCAUUCAUUCUUCUAUUUACUUACAACAAAGGAAUUAUUAAACCUCUCUCUCUCUCU